CGCUGGUGCUUUUUGUUUUUGAAGCACUCUAUAACAACGACAAUAACAACAGCAGCAAGAACAACGACAACGACGACAACGACGACGACGACGACACGAUUACUACCAGCACCUUUGUUUCUGGUACUCGCAAAAAACAACAACAACAACAGCUGCCAAUCACGAGCAAAAACAGGAAAUUGAACAAACAGGUGGAAGACGAAGGGUUCGCUUCAUCGUCGUCGGUGGAAGAAGGGGAUUUGACAGUCGAAAUUAUACGACGUAAGCGGGCACAGCGACAAUCCAAACGAAUAGGAGCAUCUUCAUCUUCAACAGCAACAAACACAACACAACCCUCUCAUGGAAUGACGACAGCUCAAUACCAACACCAACAACAACAAGAUUAUUCGGCUACCAAUGUCACGGCAGCACCGUUCGAACGAGUCCUUUGGAUCGGUUCGUUCGCUUGGGCAAUGUGGCGAGGUAGAGCACUUUUAGCGUCCUCUCCAACUGUAUUUGCAGUGUGGACUGUGAUAUUGGCACUAGGCUUGAUAUUAGUACACAAGACAGCACGCGUCCGUCGAGUCAAAGACGACUUGUCAAAAAUGUAUACGGAUCACCGUGAUCACCAUUUUACAACCACAACCACAUCAUCUGAUACGCUUGAAUCAGAAACAUCACCUUAUCCACCAACGUACAGAAUGGGUGAAUUGAAGAAACGAAAGAAAGAACAACAGCUACAUGAAGCGACAUACAAUAGCUGUCUUGGUCUCUUUGGUGCUGGCAAAAGCUCGUACAGAGGUGAUGCCGAUGAUGGAUUGCUAUGUGGUGUAUUUCUGAUGCCAAUGGUUGGUAUAGCGAAAAUGACUGACGUGGCAACCACUGAGAUGGAAGAAGCAGGCCGGAAUGCGCGUAUGCAUGGCAAGUUGGAGCUUGUCCUGCUGAUGACCCUGGUCUUUUUGAUCUUGGUACUAACCAACCGAUUCCUUCAACCGAUGCGACGCAUAAUUCGUAAGCGCGGCCUCUUCGUGUCCAGCAUGAUUGUUUCGAUCGCUUUCACGCAUGGCGUCAGUCGACUCUCUCCACUCACGCCGGUAUUGAGCCGAAUGCCAAUCAGUAUGAUUGCUGUGCCUAUCACUGCGUUCCAAUGGGCACUCUACACAUGCACAGUUGCUUUGAAACGAUGUUUCACUCUGGGCGAAAUGUGUAUUUUGUCCGAAGCCGUAGCGAUCCUUGUCUAUGGUGCAUUGGAAUACGUUUUCAUUGCAAUGUUCCCGGACCGUAUACCCGCAUUCUUAAAAGAACAAGAAGUCGAUCCCGUGUCCGUGCUACUCCACGCCGUCCUCUUGGGUAUGCUCUUUAUUGGGGCCAUCACAUAUCCACUCUUGAAACGAUCCAGACGGUUAGCACAACAGCCUUACUGGCGAUCAACAUCAUCUCCUUCUUCCCAAACAUGGUCCGAUAUCCAGCGCAAACGGAUCAUUAUUGCUUUUGCAGCCUACGGAAUCUCUGUCGGCAUUGUCGUCUUUGCCAUUGCUCCUCUCUGCAGAACCAUCAUGAACCAGCAGGAUCCGUUUGUGUGGACACUAUCCUUUGUGUUCUUGUCGCCGCAACGUUUGUUUUUGUGCGUCUAUUGGGCAUUGGCCGUCGCAGCAACGGUCAUUGUGUGGGUGCUUGUGUUGGAUUUCGGCGUGUCGGAUGGACCUGUCGAGGCCAAAGUGUUGACGAGCGCACUCAACAAGAAACGCAAGUUGUUCCAUGCAUUGGCUGUCAUUAUGUUUACACCUGGUGUGCUUUUCGAGCGAUCAUUUCUACAAUUAGCAUUCGGUGUUGCCUUGGGUGUAUUCAUCUAUCUGGAAUAUCUACGUUACUUUGCCAUAUGGCCCUAUGGCAAAAGCAUCCAUAUGUUCUUGACAGAGUUUAUUGAUAGCCGUGAUUUGGGUCCAGUCAUUUUGAGCCACAUCUAUCUAUUACUUGGAUGCGCUGCACCGGUUUGGCUUGGAGGCUCAAACCUAUUAGCUUCAUUGUCUGGCAUAGUAGCACUUGGAUUUGGUGACGCAGCUGCAUCACUUGUUGGCAAGAAGUUUGGACGAUAUCGAUGGCCCGGUACAAAGAAAACGAUAGAAGGCACCAUAGCCUUUGUGAUUGCUGUGUACGUGAGCUCGGUGCUGAUCAUGUACGCAUCCGCUCUGCUCGGUAUCAGCAGUGCAUCACAUUAUGUUACUUCGGCCGGCCGAGGUGAAUGGGGCUCUUUCAUUAUCACAGCCUUGUUAACUGGUUUAUUGGAAGCAUUCUCUAGCCAAAACGAUAAUAUUAUGAUACCACUGUACAUAUAUUCAAUGAUACUAUUACAACAACGACAACAACAAUAAUAAUAAUAAUAAUAAAAGAAAACAAUACAACUCCA